AGAAAUACUUGUACAGUAGUAAAAGAGCAGAGUCCUUCCUAUAAGGCAAUUGUUGAUUUAAUUUGUUUACUUCAUUUCUUUUAAAACUUCAUGUGAAUCCUGUGUAUGGUGUUUGUGACCUAAGACCUGAGAUCAGCUCAUGUUGGCUCAGCUGAGGAAGUAAGUUCAUCCCGUUAUUGCAGCCGGAGGACGGCUGCUACUGUUACUCUGAACCAUCGUUCUUCUUAGAACCCUAACUAUUCUACAGGGACCUAACCCUAACCCUGUAGAUUCUACAGGGACUAGAACCCUAACUAUUCUACAGGGACCUAACCCUAACCCUGUAGAUUCUACAGGGACUAGAACCCUAACUAUUCUACAGGGACCUAACCCUAACCCUGUAGAUUCUACAGGGACUAGAACCCUAACUAUUCUACAGGGACCUAACCCUAACCCUGUAGAUUCUACAGGGACUAGACGAACCACUACCAACACAAUGGCUACAGCCGUGUCUCAAAGUCGCUAGGCUGCAUCCUUGUAGCCUCCAGCAGCCUUCACUCGGGCUGGUCCUCACACAGCCGCGUAGGCUGAACGGUCUCUGGAAUGGGACGGUCUGGCCUUAUCAUGAGUAUCACCACUUGAUACUAUUUCACGUUGUGUACUUCUAGUAUCCAGUACUGCGGUUUGUUGGCUGAGCCAAAGUAAACAUGUUGAAAUUCCCAUCAGACACUUUGACCCUUUGGUCAAUAACCUCCAGAGAGAGACAGGCAGGACUCAGAGACACGCGGACACGGACUCUGCUGGAUCGGUUCUGGUUCCGAGGUUCUGAAUCAUGGAGGAGACAAAACUGAAAGCAGCUGCUCUUCUGCUGUUUCUGAUACACAUCUGCCUGGCAGAUCAAGUUUUCCUUAACAGCCAGUUGGCCACUCAGCUGCUGCCGAGGAGCCGUCGAGCCAAUCAGAUGUUUGAGGAGAUAAAACCAGGGAACCUGGAGAGAGAAUGUGUGGAGGAGAUCUGUGACCACGAAGAAGCGCGAGAAGUGUUUGAGCAGACGGAGAAAACAGAGAACUUCUGGACCAAGUACCUGGACUGUAAAGGAACUCAGAUGACAAGAACACAACACAACAUCAACAUUGUGAGACAGUGUGUAGAAGGUCAGUGUAUCUCUAGUUCAGGUGUGAACUAUGAAGGAAAUAUCAAUAUCACACAAUCCGGAAGAAAAUGUCAACCCUGGAGUAGCAGCUACCCACAUCCUAUAUUCAGAGAGUUCAACGCUUCAGAACCAAAUAGCAUCCUCCUCGAGAACUUCUGCCGAAACCCGGACAGCCGUCCAGAGGGCCCCUGGUGCUUCACCAAAGACCCAGCAGUCCCGAAGGAGACCUGCAGGGUCCCCACAUGUGGUCAGGACUUUGUCCCGCCCACUGUGGCCCCUGAACCAACCAGAACCGCAGCGUGUCUACUCAAUUACGGCGUGGACUACGUUGGUGACCUGUCCGUCACCCUGGGGGGUCACACCUGUCUGCAGUGGUCCAGCCGGGAGGCCAAGGCCCUCAGCGUAGACAAGGACUUCAUCCCUGAGGUCGGCCUGCCGGGAAACAAGUGCCGUAACCCUGACAACGACCCUGAGGGCCCCUGGUGCUAUGUGGAGCUUUCUGGAAACGUGACCAUCGACUACUGCGAUCUGGAGCUGUGUGAGGACCUGGUAACUGAGGACGUCCUGACCACGGACACAGAAGGACAAGAACGAUCCGUCCUCAAACCCGCCAGGAAGACCUUCUUCAGUCCUCGGACCUUUGGAGAAGGAGAGAGUGUGUGUGGAGAACGCCCUCUGUUUGAAAAGCUGAAAAAAAAGGACAGGAAUGAAGCUGAGCUGUUGGAGUCAUACAGACAAGAACGCAUCGUCGGGGGCGACGAUGCCGAGGUGGCCUCAGCACCAUGGCAAGUGAUGCUGUACAAGAGAAGCCCUCAGGAACUGCUGUGUGGAGCCAGUCUGAUCAGCGAUCAAUGGAUUGUCACGGCGGCUCACUGCAUCCUCUACCCGCCCUGGAACAAGAACUUCUCGGCCAGCGACAUCCUGGUGCGACUGGGGAAACACAACCGGGCCGCAUUCGAGCGCGGCAUCGAGAAGAUUGUGGCCAUCAGCGAGAUCAUCGUACACCCAAAGUACAACUGGAAGGAGAACCUGAACCGGGACGUGGCCCUGCUCCACCUGAGGAGGCCGGUGGGGUUCACUGACGCCAUCCACCCAAUCUGCCUCCCCAACAGGAAGGUGGCCACGGCCCUGAUGACCCAAGGGUACAAAGGUCGAGUCACCGGCUGGGGGAAUCUGAAGGACACCUGGAACCCCUCGGCAAGAAAUCUACCCGAAGUGCUCCAACAAAUCCACCUGCCCAUCGUGGACCAGGACGUCUGCAGCAGCUCCACGUCGGUGAAGGUCACGGACAACAUGUUCUGUGCCGGCUAUAAACCUGACGACGCCAAACGUGGCGACGCCUGCGAGGGAGACAGCGGCGGUCCGUUUGUGAUGAAGUACCCGGCUGAUGACCGCUGGUACCAGAUGGGCAUCGUGUCGUGGGGCGAAGGCUGCGACAAGGAUGGAAAGUACGGCUUUUACACUCACCUGUUCAGGAUGAACAGGUGGAUGAGGAAAAUAAUCGAAAAGACCGGGAAAGACGACUAAUAGAAACAUUUACUGCUCUGUCCUCUGUAAGACAAUGCUAAUAAAGUUUGUCCAAAUUGCC